UAGCCCCCUAAUGUUGGUUUUGCUCUUUCAGCCAAUAUGCCAUUGUUGCUAUAGUCCUCAGAGGCUGAUAAUUCUCUCAGUGUUCCAAAAUAAACCUGAAAGGGAAACAAUGACUUGUAGCAAUAGCUGAAAGGAAAUUACCCAGCUGAAGUCUUCGCCAUUUGAAUAAAGGCCUCCAAUUCAUAAGUUUCACCAAACAUUCCAGAGGCCCAGCAUGUUUGUAUAUAUUUUUCCAUGUUCCAAAACAAAUUUCUAUCGAAAGCAGUGAGCUAAAAUAACCAGUUAUAGUCAUUACUGGCAUAAAAUCCAGAACCGCAGAAGACGCCCUGCCUGGAUCCCUAAAUGGCAUCAGUGUGUCAGGUUUGUGUAACAAACCAUUCUACAAACAUCAGCAACCACCAUAGCCGUCAGCUCAGCUUCAUUCCUGGACACGGUGUAUCUGGCUCUCAAUGUUUAUAUGUUGCCUUCAAACCAGUUCCCUGUCUCUCCUCAUUGCCCUGAGUUUUGCUCAGCAAUUGCCUAGCUUGGGCAGUAUUUGGGAAAGACUGGUUUAGAUCUUUAUAUUUAGCUCUCCGAGUUGACCACUUUCACUUGAUAAAAGAUUAGAUUUGUGUUCAUUUUGUCCAUAUAAAAUUCUUUCCUGGGCAGAUUCUUAGUUAGAAGAUUUCUAAAGCUAAUUGUUCUUCUCACCGAUGUGUUUUAAAAAAACCAAAAACUUGUAUUUCCAUUUCUUCUUGUGAUACUGAUUUGAAAAUUGGCAGGUCCCUUUCAUUAAAAUCCACUAGUGCUCUGGCUAAAGGCUACCUCUUCUUCGCCUUCCUGGGGUACUUUUGAAACAAAGUAUUGCCAUAGCAACAGCUGCUGCUGCUCCCUAGAUAAGGCGUGCAGGAGAACUCAUUGCCAGCAGAGGAGAAAGUUCCUGCUCCAGUGAACACCGAAUCCCUAUCACACCUACCCCAGCACCCCGGCUGUUACAAGGGAAGUAAAGAGGUGCCUCUGGUACUUUUGGCCUCAGAUGACAAAAUAACUUGGAAAACCUUCUUCAGUGAUGUCGACUGAAUAUGUAGAGACAUCACAUGAUAAGUCUGAAGACAGAUUGGAUGGGCAAGAGACUUGCUGUAACCAGUUGGAUGAUCUUUCUGAGCAGCUGCUCAAAAGUUGUGAACUCAAGAGGAUACCAAAAAAAGUGAAGACUCAUCAAAUCUCUCAGAAAAAUGAUCUUGAACAGAGAAAACCAAAGAGAAAAGACACACCAGCAAUAAAUACUCCUCCACCAAUAGCAGAUAUUCUUUCAGAACAUUUAUUUAUGAGGUAUGACCUCUCUGAGAAAUCACCAAAAAAUAAUGUUAAAAAACCAGAGCAAGAUCAGAAAAAAACCAGAAGAAAAAAUACUCCUGCCAUAAACACACCUCCUCUAUUUGCAGGUAUUAAGCUACUUAAAGAAGAUGAAGAAACUGUAAUUGCUGAAGAUGAAGAAAAGGAGGCAGAAAUAUCACCAUUUUAGGUUCCAUCCAAAUUGUCAUAGUUUUGUAAAUAACUCAUUACAAAGUCUUUAUAAAAAUGAAUAAACUCCAUGCAGCAUUUUAUAAAUAUUGCUGCUGAGUCAUAGUUUAUUAAAUAUGGAUGUGGCUCAUGUUUUUUCUAGAGUAUUAUGUCCUUUCCAUCAAAACAAACUUCAUUGUCUUGUUAAUAUUUAAGGUAAUCAAAAAGCAAAAUCCAUUAGGCAGCCACAAAUUUCUUGAAAACAGUAGAAAACUGACUAAAAUAGAUUAUACCGAGUCUCUCCCUCUCAGUCCUUUUUAUUAAACACUCAUGGAUUUAUUUUGCCAUAUUUCAGAAUUAUUUUGUAACAGAGUAAAAGUGACCUUCUUUAUUACUAUUUUACUUCAAAACAUUUUUCUCAUAUACAGUAAUCAUUAUCUCAGUAUUUGUUUGCAAUGUUUUUCUUCUCCCUUUUCUUAUUUGAUUCUGCUCCUGAUCAUUCAAGAGUACUUAGGCCUCUAUCUACAAAUUACACAAUUGCAGGAACAAUAGUUUCCUCAUAGUCUCCUAAAAAUCAUGACUGGUAGAAUUGAAUUCCAAUAUCCAUCACAUAUAUUGGUAGAUACACAUGGCCCUCAUGCACACAUCCCCAACCUAUAUAUGAGAUAUUCUCUAUACCAAUAUUCAACCCAAUUAGCUUUUUAUACUUUUGUAACAUAAUUCAUUUUCACUGAUAAGAAAAAUCAGAAAUCAAAAGAUUAUGCACAAGAUAAUCAUAGCUAAGGUACUUUUUAUUUUACUCACAGAAUCUGCAUGGUUUACAAUAUUCUGUUGCAGCCUUUACCUUCUGCUAAAAUGUGGAUCACUUUCUGUCAACAGUUAUAUUUUGUACAUUAUUCAUGUAAAUUGUGCCCAGAAUUUCUAAUUCACUGAACUUCAACUCUCAUAUAAAUACUUGGCAGUCUGAUACAUCCAAAGGAACUAGAAGAUUGAUCUAUAUGAAGAUGCUUAUCUGUCAUUUCUUGCCUGUUUUAUAAGGGAUAUGAAUGGAUGAAAGCUUGAGAUCAAUUGUCACAGAUCUCAUUUAUCACCUUGGAUUUGGAAGUGACUUAAGAGAUGAGGAUCUUGCUUGCUAUUUCAUAAAACAUAACCUCCUUGGAGUUAAAUGAGAAUGAUAUCUCUAUUGACUAUUUAUACUGAAGUUUGCACCAUUUACAGACUACUACCAAUGGCAAAGCAAGUCCAUAGCUGUUAAUGUUAAUCAUGUAUUGCAGUUAAAGGAUGAUGCUUGUCUGUUAGCUUCAUUUGUACAAACGAUUUGCAUUGCAUUUUUCCCCAUUAGCAAAUAAGGAUGUAAUGCAACCUUAUGCAAUCCAUUUUCACAAAUUUCAUAUUAGAAAAUGCUGUGCCAUCUGUAAAGGAGCUUUCUAGAAAUAAAGUGCCUGUAGUGUACAUAUGCUAUGUAAUGUACUAAAAUACUAGAAUAUAAAUUGUCUGAGUAGAUAAUUCUUGUAAUCUUCAGAUGUGCUUUUCUAAUUAACAGGUGUUCACUUUAUUUGCUUUUUAGCUUAGUGCCAUGACUUAUCCAAGUCAAAUAUACCCUAUUAUACAUGUCAUAUAUCAAUGUACUAUGCCUCUUUGAUUGCCUUUCUUGCAUAACAUAUUACCUGAAAUGUGGCAAUACUAUGGCUUUAUCUAUGAUUACUCAAGAUAUAUAGGAGAUUCUAAACAAUGCAAAUUCAAAUAAUUUUUUAAAAAUCCAUCUUCUAUUUCAGAAGCUAUUUAAUGCUAUUUGGUUUCCUAUGUGUGGACGGCACUAAAUUAUUGACAAUCUUCUUAAUGUCAUAAGAAAUUCCUUUCCCACUCACUGUAAACAUCCGUGAGUCUGAAACCGAGUUAAAAGUCAAAUAGAAAAGUUAUUGUAUUCCUCCAAAAAGGCAUAUGGUGAAAUAAAAAACAAGCAACACACAUUUCAGAAGCACCUUUUUUCCUGUCUUCCCAUUGGAUAUGUAUUUUUAACAUGAUAAUUUAUUUCUGGGAAAUACAGGACACUUAUACUAAUUAAGUUAUUGAUUUUUGCAGUAUGGUUGUCACCCUUGCCAACCGACUGGAUAGAGACUAUUAUCAUUAAAACGGGAAAAGCAUGAUUAUGUUUGAUUUAAAAGAGGAGAAAGGAGGAAGAAAAACAGGGACCAGAAUCUAUAUGGCAUAAUAAAAGAUAGUAUGAAUGUGUUGUGAAAAGAUCCUAAUCUGACCAAUUUUAGUCUUUGAACUCUAGAUGAUCUCCUAUAAACAAUUUCCUAAGGUAAUUUAUAGAGCUUUAAAUUCCUGUUAAUCCAUGUUUCUUCUUUAUGCAAAUAAAGCAAAUCUGGAAUUUAUUUCUUUUCUUAUACUCUACCAAAAAGUUGUUUUCCUGUCUUUCUUGGUUUCUCGUGUGUUAUUUUUAAAAAAGGACAAAGGAAGCCAUAGCUCCUAACCAACAUACACAUAAUGCAAUGACUGUAUUUAUAUUAUUCCUGAAAAUGCGGUUGUAUUUUGAUCUAUUCGACAAGAAUAACAUGUAACUUAAUAAAUGUAUUGAAUUAAUAGUCUUCUUGGAUAUUGUUUCUUGGGCACAGGUUAAAAUGGACAGGCGGUAUAAUGUUGAAACAACACUAAUCUAAUUGGUCAGAUUUUUCUUUGCUUUUUUAUUGUAUUUUCAUGUUUGCUAUUUUUCAAACUGAAUUACUUCAUUCAGAGAAGAGGAGGAGGGGGGGAAGGAGGAGGAGGAGGAGGACAAAGUGACGUAAAUAGCAACAUGUUGGUAAUUAGGGAUUUGCUCUGUAACUCUAUUUUGUCUUUCACUCUGUUGCUUUUGUAUAAGAGUAUUAACUAGGUUGUCUUUUCUACCUUUGUUCCUCAUACAAAAUGAUUUUGGUAACUUAAUACAAGCUUUAGUUUUACACUUGAACACAGGCAAUGAUAUAUUAAAUCUUAAACUUAGAUCAAAGGAAAAAUAUUUUCUGACUUUUCAAAUCAAAAACAAAGCUUGCAAAAAGUUUGAUUUUUUUUUCAAAAUUUCAUGAUCUUACAUAAUUUCCAGUUUUAUUUUUAAACUGUUGUUAAAAAUAAUGUUUGAUUUCUCCUAUUUUCUGUUUCCAGAAAAUUAAGAUACAUUUUCAGGUUCAUAACUUAAAGGAUUACUUAAUGUAUAGCAUAUAUUGUGGUUGAUAAAUGCAUUCUUAAUUAUAAUGUGUACAAUAAAAAGUAAAACAACAACAAAAAAUGAUGAUAGUAUUUAUUUCAGUUGAGCACUAGGCGGUAGCACUCUGCUAUUCUACCAGAUACCCUAAUAAAAAUAGUUGUCUAUUCUAAUAUAAGGACUUGCUUCCAAAGUCUAAAUGUACAAAACCCUAUAACCUGGAAGCCUGGUCCAGAAUAAAUAAAUAAGUGGCAAUAGGAAAAUGAGCAGUCCUAUACAUUAAAUUCAUUCUGAAAGAAUAGAAUAUUUUAUUUUAUACAAGCAUUUAUGCAAAUAACCUAAUGGCACAAUCAAUACAUGGUCAAAAUAUAUUUUCUCUUUGAGUUACGAAAUUCUUAGAGCAAAUAGCAUCCCUCCCUACCAUAUUCCAAAAAUGACAAGCCUUUGUUUGACCUAAGAUGGUAAAGCAAUCUGUAAACUACCAAACCAGAUAAUGCAGGAAAGCAUUUUCAACAUAUGGAGUAAUUUCUCCGAAUAUAUGUAUGUGAUCUGCCUAUGCAUGUGCUGAA